AUGUCAGGGUCGAUCAAAAACGUCGCGAUAUUUGGAGCCACGGGAAUGACCGGACUGGCGACUCUGCCACUAGCGGUGUCUGCAGGAUACAAUGUGACAGUGCUGGUGCGGGACCCUGCCAAGCUGCCUUCUGACCACAAGGCGUCCAGAGUGGUGGUGGGAGAUGUAUUGAAUAAAGAGGAUGUGAAAAUGACCAUGGAGGGCCAGGAUGCUGUUAUCAUCAUCCUUGGCACCAGGAAUGACCUCAGUCCCACCACCAUGAUGUCUGAAGGAACCAAGAAUAUCCUGGAGGCCAUGAAGGCUCGUGGAAUCCGCAAGGUGGUCGGCUGCAUGUCAGCCUUCCUGCUGUGGGAUCGCUCCAAAGUCCCGCCCCGUCUGGUCCCUGUGACAGAGGACCAUGACAGGAUGCACACAGUGCUGAAAAUGUCGGGGCUGGAUUACGUGGCCAUCAUGCCUCCUCACAUCGCAGGUGACCUCCCUCUGACAGAGCGUUACAUGGCAACAGAAAACAUGCUGAAAGGAAGAGCCAUCUCUAAACAUGACCUGGGACAUUUCUUCGUUAAGUGUCUGUCUACCUCAGAGUGGGAUGGCAAGACUGUUGGAGUGUGGGGAGAGUACAAAUAAUCCUGAAUGAAACACUGCUGACGCCCUCCUCAUUUGUUCCUGUCACUGAUUGCCAUUCUUUAUUUUCACCAAAACACUCAAAAUACAAAAAAUAUUUGUGUGUGCUGAGAGGUAAAUGAAGGAAAUAUAUUAAUAUUAUAUUAUUACUAAUUCUUUGCUGUUUUCGCUUUUAUGAUCAUGAUUGUGCAGCUUUUGCUUUGUGUUGUUAUACUUUUAUAUUAAUUUUAAAUUUAUUAUCAGUGGCACAUAGGGGAGAUAUUUUAAAACAAGUGCACAACUGCACAGCUGCUUUUGCUAUAGCUGUAUACAUUUCAUAACAUCAUGUCUGUCUUUUCACGUGAACAGUCUUUACAUACUGAAUGUAUUGUUUCCCAUCAUUGAACAUUAAAUCAGGUGAUGCCUACUGUUGCUGUUUUGAUCUACAGUAGGUCUCUUUUUACGGCUGUUGAAAAUAAAAGACUUUUGUACAAAA